UUUUAAAAUGUUAGCCGGAGAUCUGGGAUUAAAUUUAGGCGAGUGAGAAGGGGACGAGCGGAGGCGCACGACGAGGAGCCACCUUUUCAAUUUUCGACUCCAUUUUUUCGUCAUUUUUUUUCUCCGUUCGUCCCUUCGCUCGAUCGCUUCUCUUCUCUUCCCUGCUCCCCUUUAUUCCCCCCUCUGCUCGCGCCCAUCUCCUUUCCCAUCUCUCGUCUAGAAGCUUCUCUAGGCUUCGGGCGGAGAGAUCGCCCGCCCACCCACCCGCCAUGGUCUCCUGGCGGCGCAGCGCCUCCUGGCUGUCGUCGGCCUCCCGCUCCUCGCUGGGCGGCGGCGUCGGCGUAGUCGGGGAGGCGAAGGUCACGCCGGAUCCGGCGGCCCGAGAGGAGGACGAGGAGGUCGAUGAGGAGCGGUGGUCGCGCCUGCUGCCGGAGCUGCUCACGGAGAUCGUGCGCCGCGUGGACGCCGGCGCCGAGCGGUGGCCGCCGCGGCGGGACGUUGUGGCCUGCGCCUGCGUCUGCCGCCGGUGGCGCGACGCCGCGGUCUCGGUCGUGCGGCCGCCGCUCGAGUGCGGGAGGAUCACCUUCCCGUCGUCGCUCAAGCAGCCUGGACCAAGGGAUGCACCGAUGCACUGCUUCAUCAGGAGGAACAAAAAGAACUCAACCUUUUGCCUCUACCUCAGCUUAACGCAGGCCCUAACGGAUAAAGGGAAGUUUCUUUUGGCUGCUCGAAGGUUCAGACAUGGAGCACAUACAGAAUAUAUCAUCUCUUAUGACUAUGAUGAUCUGUACCCAGGAAGCAAUUCAUAUGUUGGAAGGUUGAGAUCUGACUUCCUGGGGACAAAGUUCAUCAUGUAUGAUAGUCAGCCACCAUACGAUGGUGCUAAACCCUCAAGGAGUCAAUCUAGUCGCCGCUUCACAAGCAAGCAAGUAAGCCCACAGGUUUCAGGCAGCAAUUUCGAAGUUGGACAGGUGACCUACAAGUUCAACUUCCUCAAAUCAAGAGGACCAAGAAGAAUGCAGUGCAGCAUCCAGUGCCCUGUUGGUCAGGGCACUGCAUCAGACCCAUCCAAGGAGAAAACACCUACUUCAACUUCCUUGGAUCUAAAAAAUAAAGCUCCACGGUGGCACGAGCAUCUGCAGUGCUGGUGCUUAAAUUUCCACGGCCGGGUGACUGUCGCCUCCGUGAAGAACUUCCAGCUCGUCGCCACAGCUGGCUCUGGUGGUCCGUGGGGCGUUGGAGACGAGGCGACGGUGAUCCUGCAGUUUGGGAAAAUUGAGGAUGACAGGUUCACAAUGGACUACCGGCAGCCUCUGUCAGCUUUCCAGGCAUUCGCCAUAUGCCUAACCAGCUUUGGCACGAAGCUGGCUUGUGAAUAAGUAACUCGGUUGGCGUAUCAAUCAUAUGGUAUCACGUUGUAGCGGAUAGUCUGAACUAGCAUGCCCUGAUCCAGGAGAAAAGGCGACAAGAAACAGGGACACUCGUUCUUCCUAAUUUGACUGUUUCUUUAUCGUCUAAAGAUAGUAAUAUGGAUGUGCUUCUAUGCUGCUGAAGACAUGAUGAUGACUUGUGUUGUUGUAAAUGGCACUCCCUUCAUUUGGUGAGAUUACUCACAAUGCCAGACUCCAA